AUGGACAGUUCAAGUGAAACCGGAAGCGACAGUGAUUAUUUCGAUGAUGCAAACAGCGGUUCGGAAACGGGAGAUGGCGAAAGCCAAACAUCCGACGAUGAUGAUGAAAUUGAUUUAGAAAACCUAAAAUUAGACGAUGACUCCACAUGGAAAAGUUCGUAUACUUCCCGUUCUGGAAUGAUUUGGUCCUCAACUCCUCAUCAUUCAACGAAAAAUGAUUUUUCGAAUGAUGUUAUUCAAAAAGCUGGUCUUACAAAUACCAGUGAAAAUAUUUCAUCUGUCGAAGAUGCAUUCAUGUGUUUUAUGCCAAACAAACUUCUGGAAAAAAUCUUGGAUUAUUCAAACUUGGAGCGUUCUUUAAAACAGACAAUCACUACAUUGACCCUAACUAUAUUUCGAAUAGGUGACGAAGGGGCAAAACAUCUUGCCAAAGCACUUGAUCAAAACAAAACACUCACUACACUGAACUUAACUCGGAAUCAAAUAGGUGACGAAGGUUCACAACAUCUUGCCAAAGCUCUUGAACAAAACAAAACACUCACUACUGUGGACCUUGAAGACAAUCAAAUAGGUGACGAAGGAGCAAAACAUCUUGCAAAAACUCUUGAGCAAAACAAAGUAACAUUCUUCGGUUUGCAGGAAUACUAACUCCAUCGCGUUUCAAUUUGCAAUUCUUGACUUAGAAUUGAUAGAAUCGAUUGAAAUUGGAAUUGACUGGAAGGAAUUUGGGUUUUGCUGAAAUUGGUACGAUUUAUCCGAAAUUGACAUGUAAUCCUAGAAAGAAUGGGUUGGAAUAAGACUAUUUUCGACCCAAAAUAUUUUCAGGUCAUAACCAUCCCACUACGAGCAGCGCCAUAUAAGCUAUGAAUGCCACAGGCUCAUUUUUGUUGAAAUCAGUUGCUGAUUUUGAGAUUCCAGUACUUCCCUAUGAGAACCAGAGAAAAGGUUUUCUGAAAGUUAGUUUUUUAAACCCUUUGCAAAUAACAAGUCGCUCACGCUGAUUACCUAUAUGACUAUUAUAUGUCUUAGAAAUGCUUCUUUUGCAGUGAACUUUGAUUUUCCAAGAAUACUUCAAUUAGGGGUUUAUGUCCAGAUGUUUGGCUUUGUAUAGCAUGGAGUAAGCUCUCAACCAUUGGAAAAGGCUCUAUUUGUAUAAGAUUUUUGAAGCUCUAUCGGAAUCCGAAGAAAUAAACAUCAUUGAAAACUAUGAUUUCUUUUUAAUUGUAAAGCACGACCCGGAAUAAGCUAUUCUAAACUGCUAAUACGUCUUUCGAGGGA